CCACCUUCCCCCCCCACCCCACUCUCUCCUAUUCCUUUCUUGCUGACUGAUUCAACUACCUUCAAUUCAAAACGCAAACAAACAAAGAAAAACAACUCCACUCCUUAUCUGAAAAUUCCUUCAACUCUUUCAUGUCCGUAAUCCUUCCUCCUCCACCAUGUCCCCUCCCUUCGGCCUCUUCCUUACCUCUCUUUUCCUCUCCUUGCUCUCCCUUUCCCUCUCCCAACAGCCCCCAAAAGGAUAUUUAAUCGAUUGCGGCGCAGCUGGGAAGUCCGAGAUCGACGGGCGAGAAUGGCUUCCCGACGACGACUUCAUAUCCACUGGAAGAUCUAUAAACCUCACAGUCCCGGGCCUUGUCCCAACUCUCUCCACCGUCCGAUCGUUCCCUCUCCAAAACAAUCUCCGCCGCAAGUUCUGCUACGUGGCGCGCGUCUACCGCGACGCAAGAUACCUGAUCAGGACAACUUACUAUUACGGCGGAGUCAACGGCUUGAAUUUUCCUUCGCCUCCCGUUUUCGAUCAGAUAGUGGACGGCACGUUUUGGAGCGUGGUGAACACGACUGAGGAUUAUCAAAAAGGCUUGUCGUCGUAUAACGAAGGAGUGUUUAAAGCUAAAGGGAAUACAAUGAGUGUUUGCAUUGCUCCGAAUACGUAUACGGAGUCUGACCCCUUUAUUUCGAGUUUGGAAAUGCUGAUUUUGGGGGAUUCGCUUUAUAAUACCACGGAUUUUGAUUCUCUUGCUUUGAGUUUGGUUGCUAGGCACAGUUUUGGACAUAAUGGAUCCAUUAUUAGAUACCCUGAUGAUCAAUUUGAUCGAUAUUGGGAGCCAUAUGAUGAAAAUGUUUCUGUUAUAUCAAGCAAUAACACUCCACCUGUUUCUGGGUUCUGGAAUGUACCCCCUUCAAAAGUAUUUGAAAGAGCACUUUCCACAGCCCAAUCGGAGCCCCUGGAGUUGAGAUGGCCACCUUUGUCAAUUCCAAACUCGAAUUAUUACAUUGCUUUGUAUUUUGCGGAUAAUAGUGACCCAAUGUCAUCAAGCUCGAGGGUGCUAGACAUACACAUUAAUGAUGUAAGGUAUUAUGGCAAUUUGAAUGUGACUUCAGAAGGAGCUGCUGUCUUUGCAACCAGGUGGCCCCUUGGCGGUCGUACAAAGAUAACAUUGAGUCCGGCUGCCAAUUCAAAUAGUCCUUUGAUCAAUGCUGGGGAGAUCUUUGAUGUGCUUCGCCUUGGAGGAAGAACUCAUACAAGGGAUGCAAGAGCUUUAGAAGAUAUGAAAAACAGUCUGCACAACCAUCCACUUGAUUGGAACGGUGAUCCUUGUUUGCCCCUUAAUUACUCAUGGACUGGGGUUACAUGCUCUGAGGGUGAACGAAUUCGUGUUAUUGCUUUGAACCUGACUAGUAUGGGUCUUGCGGGAUCACUGUCACCAAGCAUUGCUAAUUUAACUGCACUGAGUGGCAUUUGGCUCGGUAAUAACAGUUUAUCGGGAGUAAUACCUGAUCUCAGUUCAUUAAUGCUGCUAGAAAUAUUGCAUAUGGAAGACAAUCAACUCAGCGGAGAGAUUCCCUCAUCACUAGGAGACCUUGGAAGGUUGCGUGAACUAUUCUUGCAAAACAACAAUCUGACUGGCAGCAUACCUGAUAGCCUUGUUGGAAGAUCAGGACUGGAAGUUAGGACUUCUGGAAAUCAGUUUUUGUCCCCACCACCUUCUUAAGUAGAUUGUACAUGCGUCCAGAGGUAACUGCCACGACUGGAAUGGUCAAAUUACUAUGAUUUCACCCAAUUGCCUGUGUCUAUAUUUAUUCGGUAUCGAAUCGGUAACAUGUUGGUUUGAAAAUUUUGCUGGAAGUUUCACCAUUAUUUUCCCUUUGACUAUAACGCUCUCAUAUUUGGAGCAUCCACAGUUUUAUACUAGAAAUACUUGUCCAUAUUCAGUCAGUAUGAUUCUUUAUUUGCUUGAAUAUCAAAUCAUGAAAUUGUACCUCACUAAUUGUUUGUAAUUUUCAUAUAGUUAUGUAUUUGUUUGCUAUGGGAAUACAGUUGUGAGUGCUUUUGUAACA